AACAUACAUUGCACACCUUCUUUUUAUCCCAAAAGUUCUAUCUUGUAACUCGGUUACUAUAAUAAGGAUAGAUAGUAAACUUUUAGGAAAGCGUAAAAAUUUACGUGACUAGAAAGUGAUAUCCGUCAUUGCCAUUUUUACCCUUAUUUAAAAAAAAAAAAUCUCGAUCUUGUUCUAACAUAUUGAAGCCAGAGCAGCUGGCAGUGCCACCACAAUUCCUGACGAGAGGAAGACGUUUGUUAGGCUAGUGAGGAAUUGUGCAGCGGAUCUGAUUCCGUCUCCUCUGACAACCAUAACCCCGACACGAAGGAGGCGGCGUCAUGGCUCCUCCCAAAUCCAAAUAAUUUCAAAGGGAUGGAUCGGGAAGAAUCAGAAUACUUGUUUGGCGGCGGAGAUCAGAAGCCCCACCGCCGCAAUCACCACCACAACCAACAAGACACUGAUGAGGUGGUGCCAGAGCAGAAAAAGAGUUGUACCGCCCUCGUACCCCGCCCAAUAGAUGGAAUUCCGGCGUAUGAAAUCGACUUCGCCAGCGGAAAAUCGAAGCAGCCUUUCAUGUACCACUUUGCUUCUCAAUCAAUUUCUCACCGUCGAAGCCACGAUGGUGCCAGGGUGAAUAAUUUGAACCUCGAUUCCCUGCAGGUCAAAUCAGGCGGAAAACUUCAGCGGUGAGAGCUACCAGGAGCGGCGUGUCUCACCCGGUAGCCCAGCUCGUAAGGGACAAUCCACCUCCCGGUCCGCAACCACAAGACACAAGAGAUGGCUCAAUUUCCGACGAUGCUGAGCGACGGCCCCCAAUGGAGGCAUGUGUUUAUGGGCCCACUUAGAAAUGAACAGUGCAUAAAGUGGGGAAUGCUUU